GGUAUUAUGGUAAUGGUACAGGAUAGCUACUCAGUCUAGUCUCAUGCAUGGCCAUGCAAAUUGCAAAUGUAGGCCUAUGCUAUCCUUAAAUUCUUCACCAGAACAUCAGUUUCUUCCAUUGCAUCAUUGUCACAUCAAUACAUUGACGUCUAAUUUCAAGCAAUGAUGCAAAAAUGUUGUGAGAAGAAGCUGAAAUCGACAAGAAAUGUGAAUUUAAAUGUGGUAUCGUAAAUGGGUUCCUGCUGAGUAUUUUGCAUUUCAAGCUACAGUGGAGCCAUCUACAGUAUAGUACAGUAACUAAGACGGAUCACUCCUUGCCAACUCGGCUUGCCCGUAAACUUGAACUGAAUCACUGAAACUAUGAAUUCCAAAUGCACUGGAAAUAAGUCGUGGCAGUGCACUGACGGCACCUGCGUAGAUAACUAUUCUUCCUGCGUUAGUCCGAGCUCAGAAUGUAGGGGUACGCUCAAUCGGUACUACUGUGGACUUCUUAAUGGAGAUAACUGUGUUUACAAUGAUCUUAGUUGCAUGAGAGAGUGUGGCAUGAAUUCAGACACAAUACAUAAGUUUGACCGUCCCUGUCCAGGCUUCCCUGGAAAGUGUACUUGGUUGUCUUUUUAUUGCCCUUUUUCAUGUGGUGGUGAUAAAGUCAAGUGUCCACAGAGUAACAGGUGUGAAAAGACAUUGGCGUUUUGUGAUCCUUGUUUCACUUUCCGAUGUGCAAAUACAGGGAUUUGUAUUGCCAGUUACAAACAGUGUAAUGGAUUCAAUGACUGUGGAGACUAUUCAGAUGAAAGGAAUUGUGGGUCUUCAGGGUCAGGGUCGUCAGGGUCAGGGUCAUCAGGGAGAGACACGACGGAUGUCAGUGGCCCAGUAGCGGACACCAUGCCUAUUGCCGUUGGAGUCUCUGUCAGCGUAGGAGUGUUCAUUUUGAUACUUGUGUGUAUUCUCUGCAUGGUACGAAAAAGGAACACGAAUCGUGGAGGACGUGGAACAGUUUUGUCACCGCGUCAACGUGGUGGUGGGCCUACCGGAGGACCAACGAUAGUUGGAGCAACCCCAAUUGCCAGACCUCCACAAAUAGCAAGCGCUACAAGUCCUCAUGGAUCGAACUCACAGCUUCUUCCUCCCGGUCAGUUACCGUUCGCAGUGGUUCCAUCGGCACCCGGUUCUUCUCAUAGUCUUAAUAGCGCUAGCAGUCAUCCUGCAGCACCACCCCCUUCCUAUGAUGAAGUAGUUGACAACGACAGGCAGUUCAGGAUAGCAGAUACACAGCUUCCAAGUUAUGCAGAUUCAGAGCACAUCCCUCCUGUCAACCCAAAUUAUACAAGCACUAGCAGCGUAUGACGGUAUUAACCCUUGCACUGCUGAUAGACAUUGGCGCCCUCUUGUGGCGAGGAAAAAAGCAACGUGACGACAAGCUUCUAAAGGACAUUAAUUCACAUGGGGAUUCAGAGACGUUUUAUUAACUUACGAAUGCAAAGUGGGAUACACUUUACUACCGGGAUAUGGGCAGUUCAGCGAAAUCUUUUUGUGCAGGAUGUAAAGUGUAUUCAGUCUUAUAAAUUCUGACAUUUGCCAAUGUGACGCAAUGGUAUAUAUCCAAAACUCAGUUUUGCUGUGAUAAAGGUUGAAAAUGACUUGCCAGAAUCCAGAAGUUUUCGCAACAAUUUCUGUACAUAUAUCAGUGGAUGAACUAAAACCUCUAUGUAAACUGUAAGAUAUACCAUGUAAUGCUAGAUAUAUUGUGGAUAUAUAAUGUUAGAUAUAUAAUUUCUGUUGCAGUUCUAUUUUUAAAUGGUGUAUCGCCAUUUCGCCUACAAUCAUUUCGCCUACAACCAUUUCGCCUACAAUCAUUUCGCCUAUAACCAUUUCGCCUUCAGCCAUUUUGCCUAUAACCAUUUCGCCUAUUACCCAUUUCGCCUACUAGCCAUUUUGCCUACUUGUCAAUUCGCCUACUAGCCAUUUCCCCUACUUGUCUUUUCGCCUACUAGCCAUUUCGCCUACUUUUACUGCUAUUUUUGUUUUUUUAUGAAUUGGAAGGAAAGUAGAACUUUCUGGAUAUUUGUAUUGAACAGAGGUGGUUUGAGGCAAAUUUUUAGCUGGCAGAUAGGAGUACGGUCACUAUACAUUAGCAGAAAAUUAGUUAGUUUGCUUAUGUUGUGUGACACACUUUAUAGUGAUCCAAUUAAUCCAGUAACCGAAUUAGAGCUUCAACAACAACAAAUUAGUGUAUGAUGAUUGGGACUCUAAAAGGGAAAUGGGAUACAAUCCUCUGCUACAGUAGGCCUACAUGGGGCCAAACAUAUUUUUUUGACAGAUACCAAAUAAAUGUGGUGGAUUUGCAAAUCCUCUGCAACAGUAGGUAUAAGGCCUGAUAACUUAUAUUUUUUACUGAUACUGGUAUCAAUAUGGAGGAUUUAAAACAAAUAUAUUCAGAAUUAUGUGAAAUGGCAUUUUCUGUAUGUAGGCGAAAUGGCAGUAGGCGAAAUGGCGAGUAGGCGAAAUGGUGGGUAGGCGAAAUGGCAGGUAGGCAAAAUGGCUGUAGGCGAAAUGGCAUUUUUUGGUAGGCAAAAUGACUGUAGGCGAAAUGAUUGUAGGCGAAAUGGCGAUAAACCAUUUAAAUUCUAUAUUUGAACUAGGAAGACCGUAAGAGCUGUUGGUGAAGACUUAAAUCAUUCCAUAUACAUUGUAUUUGUAAAAUAUAAAAUAUAUUUAAAUAUGUGUAAGAUAUAAAGUAUAAUCAUCUCUGGCUAAAGGAUCCACAUGUCCCAUUUGCAUACUCGCAUAACCUGUGGUUUUCAGUUUUUGCACAAUGUUGACUCUUUCGGCUGAGCCGGUAACAAUAGUUGAAAAUACAAGUAAUACUAAAUGUGAUUUAGAUUUGGCGACAGUCUUUCAUGAUACUGUUUAAACUCAUGUACAUCAUGUAUAUAUUCGUAGUCAAAGUUGUAGGCGUUUUAAGCAAUGUUUUACGUUUUCUUACAACUUACUGUGCUUAAAUUUAAAUUUUUUUAAUUUAAAAAUUUAAUUUUUUUUUUUUACUGUAAUUAUUUUUCACAGGGUUAUAGUGGGUACAUAGGCCUACAUGUAAAUUAUCUUUAUACUUAGCUUUCAACCCUUUUGGGACUGUGCCAUUUAUAAUGAACCAAUUUUUUGUAUAUACAUGUAUAUACAGGUGCGGUAUUUAUACGUAUUUAGGCACAUGUGCAUAUAAAAAAAACUUGUUUUCACCCUAUUUUACGCGGUCAAAUUUGCUGUUCUUAUGAGCACAUGCACCAAUAAAAUUAUGUUAAUGCAUGAGUACUGGUAUGAUCAGUAUGUACAUGGAUGUACGUAAUCUUGGAUACAUUUUUGCCCAUUCUUAUGGGCAUGCGCUAAUAUUCAAGCGCACCCUGAAUAUAAGCGUAGUGUGCCUAACUACGCCUAAAUACAGAAAUUAGUUAGUUUUGCUCCUAAAGGCAGCAAAAAUUUGCUGAGAAUCUCAAUUUUGAAAAAUCCGUCUAUAUUGUUAAUGCGAUUUUACACACGUGAACUUAUGAUCAUUCCUGCCUUUGCUAUUUUGGCACCUACAGUCCAAGUCACAAAUGACAUCCAUCCAACUCGGCGCAUAUGUUGUGGUCAAUGACGCACCAGUGACGCGUUUAUCUCUCUCUGGGUUAAUGCAUAUCACGUAGCGGUGACAAAGCCUGUAUCUAAGGAUGGUAUUUUUAUUUAUAUUGUUUAAACAUUUUCAUAUGCAUUGAUGAAUGAAUAAACAUAAUGGUAACUCUACUUGUUCA